AUGAACCGAUUGCAAUUAGCCAAAUAUACAACCCGGCCACUGACCCUCGCAUCGCCUUCAAACAUCCCUCAGAAGCCUUUCCAUGUCCAGACACCAAAGGUCAACCGAAAAGAGAGUCAGAUUAGAAAGGUUUCAACAAGUGCUGGAAAGGCACUCACUUCUCGCACACAUCCAGCUUCCUUGGCUGAUGAGAAACCAAACAACUUGGUCGACUAUGCCUUAACUACAGUCGAUAAACUAGCCAACUGGGCACGAACAGGCUCCCUAUGGCCCAUGACAUUCGCCCUUGCCUGCUGCGGUAUUGAAAUGAUGCACGUCUCAAUGCCACGCUACGAUCAAGACCGUCUUGGAAUCAUCUUUCGGGCCUCUCCCCGACAAUCAGACGUAAUGAUUGUAGCAGGGACUCUCACAAACAAAAUGGCUCCUGCUCUCCGGCAAGUCUACGAUCAGAUGCCUGAGCCACGCUGGGUCAUCAGCAUGGGGUCUUGCGCCAACGGCGGAGGUUACUAUUACUACAGCUACAGCGUCGUGCGGGGAGUUGACCGUAUUGUGCCAGUCGACAUUUAUGUUCCUGGAUGCCCUCCUACUGCUGAAGCUCUCAUGUAUGGCGUGUUUCAGCUUCAGAGGAAGAUUCGGAGUAGCAGACCGUCUAGGAUCUGGUAUCGAAAGAGAUAG